GGCCUAUAUAGUUACUAGAAUAUUCCUCAGUGCUUCUUACUUAACUGCAUUUUCAACCCAUCAGGUCUCCGUUUGCGCGUAACCUCGCAGCCCAAGAUAUCUGCCUAGUGUCUACCCCAACUGGUAUCCCAAGGCGGCGAGACCGCGGCCGCUAGCCCAUACUACAACACCCCCCAGUUGAGUGACCGUUCGGACUCCAGCUUCUCACAAGCACUUCUUCCCCUCACCGUUUCCCGCAUGCCAAAAUGAACCGGUUAUUCGGGACCAAGAAUACGGCACCCAAGCCCACGUUGGAUGGGGCCAUUUCCAAUGUGGAAACUCGCAUCUCCAGCAUUGACGUCAAGUUGGCGGCUCUGAACUCGGAACUCUCGACCUAUCAAUCCAAGAUCUCCAAGAUGCGCGACGGACCGGGCAAAACCGCAUUACGGCAGAAGGCGCUGAAGGUGCUCCAGCGGCGCAAACAGUACGAGGCUCAGCGGGAUCAGUUGUCUCAGCAGUCGUGGAAUAUGGAACAAGCGGGCAUGAUGCAGGAUAAUUUGAAGAAUGUGAUGACUACGGUUGAUGCUAUGAAGACGACCACCAAGACCCUCAAGAAGCAGUAUGGUCAGAUCGAUAUUGACAAGAUUGAGCGGCUGCAGGAUGAGAUGGCCGACUUGAUGGACGUGGGGAAUGAGAUUCAGGAAAGUAUAUCGCGGGCGUAUGACGUGCCUGAGGAUGUGGAUGAAGCGGAACUCGAUGCGGAAUUGGAGGCGCUGGGCGAGGAGACUAUGAUGGAAAGUUCCAUGGGCGAUAGCGUGCCUAGCUUCCUGCAAGAUGAGGUGGCACCGCCUCAGUUCAUUGACGAACCGCCAGAGCAGACCAAGGUCAAGGAACCUGCGGGUGGCCUGGGCUAGUUACUCUACGAGGAUAUGAUUAAGGAGUUCAAUCAUGGUGGCAUCGGAGUUGGUAUUUCUUGCUAGCUUUCCUUAACUGGUCGAUUAAGUCAUAUUCAGUCUACACUCCUUUCUUGCCUUGUUUUGCCCACUCUUUACCCCUUUGUUUGUUGGUUCCUGCGACUCUAGAUUGUCUGUUUCGUGCCACCCUGAGAAAUCAAGGCGAUGCACAUUCCAGCGAAUAUUCCGAGAAGAUGGGGUCUCCCGGUCCACGUGCUCAGGCCUUGCCUAGCCCAACAAGGACAAGCAAAGCCACGUUCAUGACGGCAAUGAUUACCCACACAACGAUAGCAAUGCCAGUAACA